AUGGACUCGAGUUCGGAGUUAGUGAGAUCAAUUGAAUCGGCGUUAGGAGUGUCGUUGGGGAGCGAUACGGUGUUGGUGCUACUGACGACGUCGUUUGCAGUCAUCGUUGGGUUAGUGGUGUUGUUUUUGAAGAGAUCAAGUGAUCGGAGUAAAGAAGUGAAGCCUAUCGUGUUCCCCAAGUCCUUACAUGUGGAGUCGGAGGAGGAGAUUGAGCUGGAACCUGGAAAAGUUAAGGUCACCGUAUUUUUCGGUACUCAAACUGGUACUGCUGAGGGUUUUGCAAAGGCUUUAUCAGAGGAGAUAAAAGCAAGAUAUGAGAAGGCAGUAGUGAAAGUUGUAGACAUGGAUGAUUAUGCUGCCGAUGAUGAUCUGUAUGAGGAGAAACUGAAGAAAGAGACAGUAGCAUUUUUCAUGGUGGCAACUUAUGGGGAUGGCGAGCCCACUGAUAAUGCUGCAAGGUUUUACAAGUGGUUCACUGAGGGACAAGAACGGGGCACGUGGCUGCAGCACCUUACUUAUGGUGUUUUUGGAUUGGGUAAUCGCCAAUAUGAACAUUUUAACAAGAUUGGGAAGGUGAUAGAUGAACAAUUAAGUGAACAAGGUGCAAAACGUAUUGUGCCUGUUGGCCUUGGCGAUGAUGAUCAGUGCAUUGAAGAUGAUUUUGCAGCCUGGCGAGAACAACUGUGGCCUGAAUUGGAUCAAAUACUUAGAGAUGAGGAUGAUGCAAAUUCUGCAGCCACUCCAUAUACAGCUGCAAUUUCUGAAUAUCGUUUGGUUAUCCAUGAUACCACGUCGACUCAUGAGGAUAAGCAUGCCCGCAUGGCUAAUGGAAAUACUUCGUAUGACAUCCACCAUCCAUGCAAAGUAAAUGUUGCUGUUCAAAGAGAGCUUCACACACCCGAUUCUGAUCGCUCAUGUAUACAUUUGGAGUUUGAUAUAUCUGGCACUGGGAUUUCCUAUGAAACAGGAGAUCAUGUGGGUGUUUAUGCUGAAAAUCCUGAAGAAAUUGUUGAGGAAGCUGCGAGAUUGCUGGGGCAGUCAUUAGACUUAAUAUUCUCUAUUCAUACUGACAAGGAGGACGGUACAGCUCUUGGAGGCUCAUUGCCCCCACCUUUCCCUGGUCCUUGCACACUGCGUGCUGCACUUGCACGUUACGCAGAUCUUCUGAAUCCUCCGCGGAAGACUACUUUGAUUGCAUUGGCUGCUCAUGCAGCCGAACCUAGUGAAGCAGAAAAGCUUAAGUUCUUGGCAUCUCCACAGGGCAAGGAAGAUGAGUAUUCUGCAUGGAUUGUUGCAAGUCAAAGAAGUCUUCUUGAAGUAAUGGCUGAGUUCCCUUCGGCAAAGCCUCCUCUUGGUGUAUUUUUUGCAGCGGUUGCCCCUCGUUUACAGCCUCGUUACUAUUCAAUCUCGUCAUCUCCUCGAUUUGCUCCUGCUAGAGUCCAUGUGACCUGUGCACUAGUCUAUGGUCCAACUCCCACUGGCCGGAUUCACAAAGGAGUGUGUUCGACUUGGAUGAAGAAUGCAGUUCCGUUGGAGAAAAGUCAAAAUUUCAGCUUUGCUCCCAUCUUCAUUAGGCCAUCUAAUUUCAAGUUACCGGUUGACCCUUCAGUUCCAAUU